AUGGCGGAUCCAGUAACCGCUACUGUAGCUGUAGGAUGGGGCAUCAAAGUCGUAGGAUGGCUCGCCUCGCCCAUCAUUUCUCAGAUCUUGAAGAAAGGCUUCUCCCACCUCGGCUUUGACGUACCGAAGAAGCUUAAGCAACUUGAGACAAAGCUGCUGCUGCUGGAGCGGGUGAUGGAAGCUGUGGAGGAGAGCCCGCACAGGCCUCGUUUGGAGAAGCUAUUCAGGGAACUUAAGUCGGCUUUCUGUGAGGCGGAAGACAUCUUGGAUGAUAUUGAGUACUACCGUCUCGAGAGACAGAUCAAGGAUAAUGAGGUGAAGUUAGACGGCGAUGCAUCUUCACGGAUGAGGGGGGUGAAGAGGAAGCUCCAAUCUGCCACACCGAGAUGCCCCCUAAAAGAUCAGGAGAGUGGUAUGUUAAAAAAUCAGUUGAAGAAUGUCCUUGGGAAGAUAGAGAUGAUUAUAAGUGAUGCAUGCCAGAUUUUGGAACGCCUGAACUUGCCAAGCGUAGCUAAUUCUAAUGGGAGACAAAAUUUUCCUGCUAAUUCAUGUAGUGCAGUCACUACUGGAGCUCCUCCGCUAAAAGUAUUCGGUCGAGAUAAGGAACGUGACAAGGUCAUAGCAAUGCUUCAUAAGAAAGAAUGCGAUGGUCAACAAAAGAGCAAGAGUGGUAUUCCUUAUUCUGUACUUGGCAUCCAUGGCAUCGCCGGGUCUGGGAAAUCAACUCUUGCACAAGUUGUGUAUGCCCGUGAGAAAAAGGACAAGCAAGAGAACGAAGUCGGCCAUUUUGACCUUGUUAUGUGGGUCCAUGUUUCUCAGAAAUUUGAUUUGGAUGUGAUUUUUAGGGAGUUGAUGGAGGGCGCUACAGGGAGUCCAUGCCCUACAUUCAAUAGUCGCAACGCCCUGCAAGAAAAACUGGAGGAGAAACUGCAUGGAAAACGGUUUUUCUUGGUACUAGAUGAUGUCUGGUACAAUAAUAGGGAUGCGAGGAAGCAAGAAGAACUGCAACAAAUACUUUCUCCCCUCAAAGUUGGCGAAACAGGAAGCAAGAUCCUGGUGACUAGUCGAAGCAGAGAUGCAUUAUUGGCUCUGGGUUCUGUAGAAGAGAGAUGUAUUCCAAUACCUGAUCUGGAUGAUAAAGCAUUCUUUGAGAUGUUCAUGCACUAUGCACUUGGAGAUGCAAAGAUAGAGGAUGACCAUGAUAGAGCAAAACUCGAAAUGCUUGGAGAGGACAUUGCAAAAAAGCUGAAGCGGUCACCUUUGGCAGCCAGAACCGUGGGUGCACAACUAUGUCUAAGACCCAAUGUUGAGUUUUGGAGAACAACAAAAGACAGGGCCCUGUUGAAUGACACCAUGGGAGCUCUGUGGUGGAGCUACCAGCAUCUUGAUGAGCAGGUCAGGCGUUGCUUCGCUUAUUGCAGUAUCUUCCCAAGAAGACAUCAUUUGAGACGCAAGGAGUUAGUUCAGUUCUGGAUGGCGGAAGGGUUUAUAAAGACAAGUAAUGAUGAAGAGGAACUGGAUGGUAUUGGUCAGGAGUACUUCAAUAAAUUAUUGUCGGCCUCAUUUCUGCAACUAGGAGAGAGACAACUAGAAUAUGAAUGUGAGGUUGAUGGCUUUACUAUUCAUGACCUGCUGCGUGAUAUAGCAGAAGAGGCUGCCAGAGGAGAUUGCUUCAGAAUCGAGAAAGAUUUCACAGGAGAAGUUCCCCCAGAUGUUCGUCAUCUAUUUGUUGGGAGUCCUGAUAUAAAGAUGGUUGCCAACAAGAUUUCUGAAUUGCAGAAUCUACGCACUCUAAUAUUUGAUGAUCGCUUACCACCUGAUGAUGAAGUCUUUCAGGGAAUGUUCAAGAGGUUCCGAAAAUUGCGGGUGCUGAUUUUAUGUUUCCGUAUAGAUGGUUGUGGUCACACCUUCUCAGUCCCGGAAUGUAUUGGUCAGCUAAAGCAUCUACGGUAUCUUCGUUUGAAUGGGUAUGGGCCCUUUAGGGACGACACGCUAAUUUUACCAAGUAGUAUUACCAAGCUUUACCACAUUCAGCUGUUAGAUGUUUCUGAUUUCGUUGAUGUGGUUUUUUCCGGUGGUAAAACUAUGCAUCACCUUGUCAACUUGCGGUGUCUAAGCAGCAGCCGUGUAGAUCUGGAUAUUCCAAAUAUUGGCAGGCUUAAACGGCUCCAAGUGUUACCACACUUCAGUGUAAUGAAGAAACAGGGGUUCGAGCUACGACAACUGAAGGACCUAAACAAACUUGAAGGCAGACUACGGAUCAGUAAUCUUGAGAACGUUGAAAGCAAGGAGGAGGCUGUUCAAGCUAGUCUUGCAGACAAGGAACGACUGACAACGCUUGCACUAUGCUGGGGGCACUAUACGAGUUGCAGUCCUGAAGAAGUUGAAGCAGAGGUGCUUGAGGGUCUUUGCCCCUCAAAGUAUGUUGAAAGACUAGAAAUUUUGAACUACCACGGCUCGACGUACCCAAACUGGAUGGUGGGUAAGCAGAAUGGCGGACCAAAGAGGUUGCAUUAUCUUUGGCUCUACGACUGCACUCGACUUGAACCGGCUCCUGAACUUUUUGAGGUCUUCGUCCAUCUUCGUUGCUUUACGCUUUUGGGCAGCAAUUGGCCCUCGUUGCCCGAUAAUAUAGGGCAACUGACGUCACUCCAGACACUGGAUAUAGAUCGUUGUCCGAACAUUCGUUCCCUUCCAGCACUGCCCCGGUCCCUUAAGCUUUUUUUUCUCAUGUUCUGCAACGAGGACUUCAUGAGGUCAUGCGAAACAGUUGAGGAUCCAAACUGGCAAAAGAUCCAGCACAUUCCCGAGAAAUAUAUCGGGCAUGAUUUUUAA